CAAAGAUUGAGUGACAGAAAGAAACAACAGCUUUCAGAACUGAGCUACAGAGAAGCCCAUGCAACAGGUCAAUAGAGUUUCUGGAGGAUGGAGACCAUAAGCUAUUCACUAUUGUAUUAAAAAGGGAAAAUGACACCUUGGGAUUCAAUAUCAUAGGAGGUCGGCCAAAUCAGAAUAAUCAAGAGGAAACAUCAAUGGAAGGAAUUUAUGUCUCAAGGAUUUUGGAAAACGGACCUGCUGACAGAGCGCAUAGCCUGGAAAUACAUGACAGAAUUGUUGAGGUCAAUGGGAAGGAUCUUUCGAUGGCCACUCACGAAGAGGCAGUGGAGGCGUUCCGAAACGCCAAAGAGCCCAUCGUGGUUCAAGUGCUGAGGCGAUCACCGCUCAGUAAACUGCCCUACGGCCCAGCCCCGGAGGUGCAGCUCCUCAACGCCAGCACUCAGACCGACAUCACCUUUGAACACAUCAUGGCCCUGGCCAAGCUCAGGCCUCCCACCCCGCCGGUGCCCGAUGUCUGCCCGUUCCUGCUCUCAGACAGCUGCCAUUCUCUUCAUCCGAUGGAGCCUGAGUUCUGUGAGGACAACGAGUACCUUUCCAGCUUGCCUGCUGAGGCAGACAGAACAGAGGACUUCGAAUACGAGGAGGUUGAGCUCUGUCGCGUUAGCAGCCAGGAGAAGCUAGGUCUGACAGUCUGCUACCGAACGGAUGAUGAAGAAGAUACCGGCAUUUAUGUCAGCGAGGUAGAUCCAAAUAGCAUUGCUGCCAAAGAUGGCCGGAUUCGAGAGGGGGACCGAAUUUUGCAGAUAAAUGGUGAAGAUGUCCAAAACAGAGAAGAAGCGGUGGCUUUGCUCUCUAGUGACGAGUGCAGGAGAAUCGUGCUGCUUGUGGCAAGGCCAGAGAUUCAGCUGGAUGAAGGCUGGCUGGAAGAUGAAAGGAAUGAAUUCUUAGAGGAGUUAAACUUGGAGAUGUUCGACGAACAGCAUAAUGAAGCAAUGCAGCACACUGCCAAUGAGGUGGAGCAGCCCAAAAAGCAAGAAGAAGAAGAAGGUGCAACAGACACGGCAACCUCCUCGUCCAACAAUCAUGAGAAAGACAGCGGAGUGGGACGCACCGAUGAGAGCCUACGGAAUGACGAGAGCUCAGAGCAGGAGAACGUGCCCGAGGACCCUCACAGCGUCUCUCUGAAGAGCAAGAGAGAACUUGGGCAGAGCCAAGACACUCUAGGAAGCCUUGAACUUCAGUGCAAUGAGAGCUUCGUGUCUGGUGAAUACAUUGAUUCGGACUGCACUGGAAACCAAGAAGAUGAAUGUGAUAGAUUUCGACAACUCUUGGAACUCAAAUGCAAGAUUCGAAACCAUGGAGAAUAUGACCUGUAUUACUCAAGUAGCACAAUUGAAUGCAAUCCAGCGGAGCAAGAGGGAGUGGAGCAUGAGCUACAGUUGCUCAAUGAAGAGCUAAGAAACAUUGAACUUGAAUGCCAGAAUAUCAUGCAGGCUCACAGGCUUCAGAAAGUGACAGACCACUAUGGAGACAUAUGGGCACUGCACGAUGGAGGAUUCCGAAAUUUUAACACCAGCAUAGAUGUGCAGAGAGCAAAACUAGAUGACAUCAUGGAACACCCCGAAAAGUCUGACAAAGACAGCUCCAGUGCUUACAACACGGCUGAAAGCUGUAGAAGCACUCCGCUCACUGUGGACCGUUCCCCUGACAGUUCCCUGCCCAGAGUGAUCCACCUCACCAACAAGAAAAAUCUGAGAAGCACCGUUGCAGCCAAUCAGUCCUCUUCUGGACAGAGCAGUCAAGAGUCGACCUCCACCAAAGCCAAAGCGACCGAGCAAGGUAGUAGCGUUGAUGGCCAAGAAAAGGUCUUGGAAAACAACAAGCUUCCUGACCAAGAGAAGCCGGCCACUGCGCACAUCCCAUAUCUCUCUCCUUACCAUAGCUCUUCCUACAGGUACGCCAACAUCCCGGCACACGCGCGGCAUUAUCAGAGCUACAUGCAGUUAAUUCAACAGAAAUCGGCAGUGGAGUACGCUCAGAGUCAGCUCAGUUUGGUGAGCAUGUGCAAGGAGUCUCAGAAGUGUUUGGAGCCCAAGAUGGAGUGGAAGGUGAAGGUCAGGAGCGAUGGGACCCGGUACAUCACCAAGAGACCGGUGCGAGACCGGAUUCUGAAGGAACGGGCCUUAAAGAUCAAGGAGGAGCGGAGUGGCAUGACCACAGAUGAUGACACCAUGAGCGAGAUGAAGAUGGGGCGCUACUGGAGCAAAGAGGAGAGAAAGCAACACCUGGUCCGGGCCAAAGAGCAGCGUCGUCGCCGCGAGUUCAUGAUGCGGAGCCGCUUAGAGUGUCUCAAGGAGAGUCCGCAGAGCGGUAGCGAGGGCAAAAAGGAGAUCAACAUCAUUGAACUCAGUCACAAAAAGAUGAUGAAAAAAAGAAACAAGAAAAUCUUGGACAACUGGAUGACCAUCCAAGAACUGAUGACCCAUGGGGCCAAGUCUCCUGACGGCACGAGAGUUCACAAUGCCUUCCUGUCGGUCACGACGGUGUGACUGUGUGCACACAACUGAUCUUAAGAGGGUGCUACCGGUUUGGGUAGAGUAUGAUUGCCUCGUUCAAUGUGGCAUUUUUAUAUAUAUUUUGUGACUCUUUAUAGUUUAAAUUUUUUGUAAGCAAAAAUACCUGGUAAUUUUUUCAUUUGUUUUCAUAUGCCGGUACCUUCUUUUGGGGCUGAGAUCUUUCUUUACCUUGUGAUAUAUUCAUAUUACUCAUUUAUAAAUGAAUUUUUUUAAAAAAGAAAACAAAACAAAAAGUUGAACAAAAAUACUGAGGAGCCUAUUAAUUUCCUACAUCAAUAUAUCUGUCUAUUGUAAGUUAAAAUCUGGAUUUCUCUAGUUUGCUUAUUUUCUAACUUUAAUAACAACUCAUUGCCAAAACAUUUCUAUGCUUGUUUCUUGGCAUAAUAUGUGCAUAUUAAAUCAACCGUUAAUAAAUCACAUGCCUCAUCUUGUCUUACACAAAACACACCUCUCUUCAACACACCAUUGUGCAUUGAACACGUAAAUGGCAGUUGUCUUCGUCUCAGUGGAGUGUAGGUAGACAAUCUUCCUGUGAUACGUAGUUGCAUUGGUCAUGUAGCUAGCUAACGGUGGUAAUUGUGACAAUAAAAGAGAAAUAAAUUAUUGACAUUGGUUAUCCUGAAGAAAAGUUAUCAAGGAGUGUUUCAUUUUCAUUGUCUGCUGCGAUUAACAGAUGUAAAUUAGUUGCAUAUAUGUAAUAUUUAGAUGAUUACUAAUUGUACAUUAUAAAAUGUGCACAUUUUCUAUUCCUCUUUUACUAUAAAUUUCUUCCUAAAAGAUUUCUUCUAGAUCAUUGUACCACAUAUAGAAACCAGGAUUAAAUUUAAUAACAUAUGUAACAGAGUGCUCCAUGGCCCAUAAAUUUGAACUACACAUUCAAUAAAUAUUAGUGCAUAUUCCCUUGCCGGUUACCCAUGAAAAAGUAAGCUAAACUACAACUGAAAGAAACAGUAUAGGGAAAGGCCUGGAGAGCAUGAGGUGUCCAAGAUUAGAAUAUGGUUUCUGUCGUGUGACACUAUGUGCAUGUGUUCAGUUGACUGGAGAUAAACUUUUUGCAGAAUCCUCUUGCUUAAUUUUCAGCCCAGUCAAUUACAAAGCCUUAUAUGUCGGUUUAGUUAAAGGUGAGCUUGCUAGGUGUCAAGACAGUUUUUUUACAUCUAGUUUUUCAUCAUAGAAACGUAACCACAUCAUAUGUCCAUCAUAAUGCCCUCCCAAGUGAAUGUAUUCAAUCUCUUGGGCCAGAUCAUUGAACUGUUUCUGAAGCUAUCUUCCUGUUUAAAAACCUAUAGUGGCUCCUUAUUAGCUCCUGACUCAGGCUCUGACACCCCAGCCUUACUUAUAGUCCAGGCCCCCAGGUACCUGCCUGCCUUGGUGAUUGCAUUGCUUCUUUAGACCAUCCCUGAGUUAGGUCCAGCCCAUUAAUCAUCUGCACAUUGAUACUCAAAGUGCAUAUCACUCUCUUGUCUGGGGUUUCUGUGCCAGGCACUGAAAAUCAGUUGCUAUCAAAUUGAUUCCCACCCAUGGAAACCUCAGGUGCUUCAGAAUAGGUCUGGGCUCCAUAGUGUUUUCGAUGACUCAUCUUUCAGAAGUAGAGUCCUUUCUUCUGAGGUACCUCUGGGUGGAUUUGAACCCCCAACCUCUGGGUUAGUAGGUUUACACAGGAGUCCCUGUGUGGUACAGGCUUUGAUCCCUCACGCAGAGUGUAAUCACAUCCCUGUUUCUCCUCUGGAGCCUAUUUUGAUGACACCUGGAUUUUUCACUUAUUUGGAAGCGUUCAGCUUUUCAGCACCUACACUGAUACACCUGCAAAACUGUCUUACCUUGGAAUUUGUCUUCUCCCCUUAUUGAGUCACGCACGUGGAGGGUCUGGUUUCCCUCCACAUCGCCAGUUCAGGGAGAGGGCUGGGGACAGCCUCUUUCUGUUCUAAUAGAACAUCACGUAGAUAAUGUAUGUGAAUGAAUUAAAUUAUUUUAUUCAUUUACCUCUCUCCUCCACUUAUUGCCCCUUUUGAUAUUAUUUUUCUGACCUUUGCAUUUUUCCCCAGUUCUUAUCUUUUGGAGGGCUCUGGCAUAGAUUGAAAGCAACUAAUUUUAUUUACAUAAAAUAAAAAGCAGGCUAGGAUAGUUUAAGAUGGUGAUAGUAAUAGCACACUAUGAAGAAGAAAAAUUUCCACACUUUUAAUUUAAAUUUGUCAGCCCAAUGCAUACCACCACUCAAUUUUGACUCUGGGAUGAGCAUGGUUUAAAUAAGAAUAUGCCUGUAAAUCUGAGGAGCCAGUUCUUUCCUGACUAAUGGCCGUGAUUGCUGUUCACCCCUGACACAACGUGUUCUAACUAUUCAUGGAAUGACUCCUAGAGAUGAACUCUAUUUGAACCAACAUUUUAAAUGAUUUCUAAUAUUUUAUAUCAUCAUGAGAGUAGACAGCUUCAUCUCUCUCCCACGGAACUGCUGGUGAAUUCGAUCCGCUAACCUUGUAAUUCACAGCUUAAUGCGUAGCACACCAGACUACCCAGGCUCCUUAGCCAACAUAGUUUUUUCAAAAGAAGCAUGCACACACAGCUCACAGAAUUAUAGUGUUUUCAAAGUUAUCAAUUUAGUUUUAUUUUCACUUCUAGCCAAGUGUGCUUGCCAAUUUCUUUUUUUAAAAAUGUGAUGUUGGUGUUUUUCAUGUCUGUGUUUAUACAAUUUUUACAAGUUGAAAAAUGUCUUUUUCUUUCAAAAAUAUGAAGUGUAAUGCUCUAUCUUUCUACCUAACAUAUCUUUGUGCUAAACAUGUUUUUUAAGUAAACGGAUAAUAAACCUGUUGCUCAGCAGCGAAAAACAUG